AUGUCACAAAGUGAAAGAGCCACACAAAUACGAACGGCAAUUAAAGACGUUGGAAUUAAAUUCAUAGAAUACUCUUCAUUGAAAGAUAUUACAUCGAUUGGUAGGGGCGGAUUUGGAGAAAUUUUUAAAGCCUUUUGGCCACAACCUGGAAUUACUGUCGCAUUGAAAUAUAUUGAUAGUAAUAGAGAUCCUUAUAAAGCUUUUAUUAAGGAGGUGAAGUCAUUAAUGAUAGUAAAUUAUCAUGAAAAUAUUAUCAGAUUUCUUGGAGUUAGUUUUGAAGUUGUUGAAAGGCUGAAUAAUAUUGAACGUGUAAACCAAUCAGAUUUUAUCCUACCAAAAACUCCGCCAUCAUCACCUAUGGAUACACGUUCCAUCACUCUAAAAACUCAUUUAGUGUCUCCUCUUUCGAUAACAGCAUCAAAUAAAAAUACUUCUCACCAACCUUCUUUGAUUCGUGUUUUUGAACCACCAACUCGCCAAGAAAUGAAUAACAAAAAUCCAUUUCAUUAA